UUCCUCUCUCUAAAAUCGGUGGAAAAUCCAAACCUAUAAUAUGACCGACAGAGACUGGACUCGACAAGCUAUGUCCGAUGAUUCAUUGGUGGCGGAUGUACUGAUCUCCCUACACCAUCUUAACCCGCCGCCUCCUCCUGAUAAGAGCGGUGCCUCGGAUCUCAAGCUGAAAUGGUGCGUGCGACAACCGAGGAGUAAGCCUACGCCGCCUUCAAGGAAGAAGGGAGAGCAUACACGUGGCAGUCCCUCCACGCCACUUUCCUGGAGCGGCGCCACUUCUCUCAGCGGUGGUGUAGGCGUCGGCGCUGCCGUUGAUGGAGUUGAGGAGUCCAGCAGGGCCAUUAAGUUGUCAUCGGCCGUUAGAUCUAAGAUAUCUCAAACAAGUGUAACACCAACAACCCAUUUCAAGAAAUCAAGAAAGAAAAAGACGCUUGCUGAACUUAAGGAGGAGGAGAGUUUACUCUUAAAGGAAAAGAAAGGCCUAAAAAAUGAACUCGCAAGUAUGCGAAAUCUGUUGAAGCAACAAAGAGCAAGAAACGAGUCGUUAAAGAGAAUCCAGGCUGCUGAGUCAAAAAAGAAUGAUGAUUCCUCGUUCUUGCUCCCUGACCUUAACAUUCCUCUUGAUAACAACAACCUGAACUGA